AUGGACAAUUACAUAAAGCUAAAAGAAAGAUUGUAAAUUAAGUUCAUAUAUAGUUAAGAUUGUUUAAAAAACCUGUUAGUGAUAAUGCUGAAAAUAGAUAUUGGAAUAGCUUUAAUUAAGUAUUAGAAAAAUAACAUAAUUAAUCAAUAAAAGCUAUCAAUGCCUCUAAUAAUAUUAAAUAGAAAAUAGCCAUAGCACAUGGCAAUACUGUAGAAAUUUUUAGCACAAACAAAAAUUAAAUAACAUAAACUCUUAGUAGAUUCAAAACUUAAGUGCUUUCACUUUAGUUAAGAUUUGAUUCUCAAUUAUUAGCGACAUCGCAUGAAGAUGGAUUAGUAAAUAUUAUGAACCUUAAGACGAAAACAUCAUUAAGAUAAUUUAGGAACUUUAAGAAACCAGUUCAUACAAUAAGUUUUAACAAUACAGAUUAAUUGUACGCAGCUGGAGAUGAUGGAGUAUAUAUUAUUUUAAAUAUAAGACUAUUAAACUUUUUGACAUUCCAAAUGAUACUGUCAUUAGAAGCAUACCUAAUGCUCAUAAUGAUUUUAUUAGAUGUAUAGUGGGAUAUGAAGAAGAAUAAUUAUUAUCUUCAUCUUAUGAUAAAACAAUAAAAUUAUUUGAUUUGAGAAGCAGUACGAAUGAUCCAAUUAGAUCUUACUUUACAAAUCAUCCAGUCGAAACUUUAUUAAUAUUACCAAAUAAAUUAAAUUUUAUCUCAGCAUAAGACUAAUUUACUACUUUAUGGGAUUUCAGAAAAGAUAAUUUUAUUUAAGAAUUACACACAAACUAGUAGACAGUUACCUCUUUAUCUUUAGCUUAAUAUCAUGAUUGUAUAAGAUUAAUUACAGGAUCUUUGGAUCAAUAGGUUAAAUUUAUUAGACCAGAUAUUCUAACUGUAACACAUUAGCUUAAAUGGAAAAGUCCUGUAAUGGCUUUGGAUGCUUCAUUAGAUGGUUUUAAUUUAGCUAUUGGAGGAAAUGAUGGCCAAUUAUAAAUCAAUUAAUUAAAACCUUCAAAAAAUGAUGAAGAUAUAGAAGAAGAGGAGGAUUAUAUACCAGAAUAUCUAAAGUGUAAUCCGCAUUUAUAAAGAAGAAUAAAAAAUUACAAAUUUUAUAAUAGAGGAAUUUAUUCUCAAUUGAUUGAUUAUGAUUUUAAAGUUCCUACAAUGUAAAAUUAGAGAUUUUAAGGAUAUGAUAAGUUGUUUGUUACUUUCAAGUAUAAAGAAGCAAUUCUAAAGGUUAGUAAUAAUAAUUUAGUUUUAGGCAUUUAAAGAAAAGAAAACAUCAAUGAUUCUUACUCUUGUGGAGGAAUUAUAAGAAAGAGGGGCUUUGGAAGUUUCACUAAAAAAUUUAGACGAUGACGAAUUAGAAAUAAUAUUAUAGUUUAUUUUAUCAAAGAUGUCCAAUCCGAAGUAUUCAACUUCAAUGCUACAUGUUUUAGAAGUCAUAAUAGGUAAAUUUAAAUGGAUAUUUUAGACUUAUAUACUAUUGGAGAUAUUUAUGAAUAUGUUCAAGAAGAGUUGGAAAUCCAAAGAGAAUUGGCAAUAUUAAAAGGAAUGAUUGUGAUAUGA